AUGAGGUGGCUCGGAUCUUUGUGGAAGGCUCCGGGCGGGAUCUUGCAGAAAAGGUUGGACCACAACUUCGAUCGUCCGGCGGCGGCGACAUCGACCAACACGAGGCAUAGCGAUUUGGUGCGGGUCAUGGCGACGUUGAGUCUUUCCGGGCUCUCGAUGAAGUCAGGAUCGGCGGCGGCGGUUCCAUCUGGAGUCUUGUUCCUUUCACCGGCUCUGUCGGACGAGUGGAAGGACUUGGAGCGGGAGGUGAGGAUGAUCACGAGGUCGAACUCUUGCCCUUGUGACGCGUCGAUGGUUCCGACAAAAGCUGGGGUGUCGUCGAGUUCUCUUGCUACGUAUCCGGCCUGGGCUUUGUAG